AUGUGUUUUAUACACGCAUGUCUUUAUAAACAGCAUUAUAAUUUGCUGCAUUUAGAGGAGAUAAAACUGCGCGACCUGCUCCGCGACUACGAGGCGGCCAGCCUGGCCGGCAUCCGCGCCGACGCUGUGCGCCCGCGCUGGGACUUCACCGGCGCCUUCUACUUCGUGGGCACCGUCGUCUCCACCAUAGGGUUUGGCAUGACCACCCCAGCCACCGUUGGAGGCAAAAUUUUUCUGAUAUUUUAUGGCCUUAUAGGAUGUGCAGGGACCAUUUUGUUCUUUAACCUGUUCCUGGAACGCUUGAUCACAGUCAUAGCCUAUGUCAUGAAGUCUUGCCAUGAGAGACAGCUAAGGAGAAAAGGGGUCCUUCCUCAUGAUGGCCGACGAGGUUCAGGGAACUCUGAGGUGGACAGCUUGGCAGGCUGGAAACCUUCUGUGUACUAUGUCAUGCUCAUUUUAUGCAUAGCAUCACUUAUUAUUUCCUGUUGUGCCUCUGCAAUGUACACACCAAUUGAAGGAUGGAGUUAUUUUGACUCACUCUACUUUUGCUUUGUGGCCUUCAGCACUAUCGGUUUUGGUGACUUGGUCAGCAGCCAGAAUGCACAGUAUGAAAGUCAAGACCUCUACCGGUUUGGCAACUUUAUCUUCAUACUCAUGGGGGUUUGCUGUAUCUACUCCUUAUUUAAUGUGAUCUCUAUUGUCAUCAAACAGUCUAUAAAUUGGAUAUUGAAAAAGAUGGAUUGCCGGUGCUGCCACAGAUGCCAAAGAAAAUUUUUUAGGUCACGGAGGAACGUGGUGAUGCCAGGGAACGUUCGGAACCGGCGAAACAUCUCCAUUGAGACCGACGGCAUCAACGAGAGCGACACAGAUGGUCGUCGGCUGUCUGGCGAGAUGAUCUCUAUGAAAGAUUUUUUAGCUUCCAACAAAGUUUCACUGGCCAUCAUGCAAAAACAGCUGUCAGAAACUGCCAAUGGGUAUCCCAGGCAAAUGAGCUCAAAUUCUAGACAAAAUGGAUUCUCUGGUGGGAUAGGAGCCCUGGCAAUUAUGAAUAACAGGCUGGCAGAGACAAGCGUGGAUAGGUAAAAUGAAAAGCAAUGAGAAAUACUUUGAGAUGUGUGGAAACCAGUAGGAAGUGAAUGUCAUCAGAGAGGCAGAGCAAACUGAGUAGGACACGUUCGGUCAGAAGAUCUCUCAUUCUUUUUAAGUUUUUUUUGGUGGAGGAGGGAUUUCCAUUGGUAUUCUUUGCACUGCUCAGAUUGCUACUCUCUGUUCUCCCAUUCUUUCUGUUCCACAAACAGGGCACAGAAGACAAUAUGACCAAUAAAACAUAAUGGAGCCCCAAAGAAAUCUUCUGCAGCUGAUUUCCUGCAUUUAUGCUAAAUUAAGAUUAAGGGAUAAGGAAUUUAUGGCCUUGGGAGAAAUUACCUUUCACUUCUCCAGAAUUAAAUUCUUUAAUUCACAAAUUGUAAUUAAUUCUAUAAUUCAUUUUAUUUUUUGUCCCAUUUGCUUUGGACCUGACUUCUGAAUGUAGCAUGUCUGGGACAGAAACAGAAACCGUUGUAAGCCUUAUUCUGUGAUGUCUAUGCUAUUGCACUCCUAUUUUAAGUUAGUGAAAAACAAACACAUCUCACUUCUCUAAAUGGAUUCCUGUUGUGAAAUACUAUCAUUGUAAAGUCAACUUCUGCCAUGAAAUGUAUCAGUGUAAAUCAGAAAUAGUUCCAUCAAAGUCAAUAGAGCUCCUCUGGAAUUACACUGGUAUAAUUGAGAACAGAAUUUGACCCCUAGAAUGUCAUUCAGUGUUCCCGUUAGUAGGACUCUGUCAAAAGUAGUAGAAUCAAGAUUUGAUCUACUUUUCCUUGCUGAUGUCUGUUUCCAAAGGACGUGACCAACCUUUUCUAAGUUAUUUUUUCUUCUAUAAUUGAAUGAAUAUAGUUUCCUUUAAAGCAAUUAAAUUAAAUUGAAACUAGCCAUAUAGACAAGUCUCACAGGUAACCCUACAAUAACAAAAUAAGAACUUUUCAAACUCUGUUUGUACUGUGUCCAAUCAAGACUGAACAACUGAGCAUAACAAACAAGCAAUAGUAAUGCUUAUAUAGUGAAUAGGUUGCAUUAUGAAAAUAAAUUACAAAGGAAAUAGAUUACAAUAGAUUAUUAUAAGCAACUAUGUGCACAGAAAAAGUAAAAAAUGCUGAAAAACAGUUUGACAAAGUCCGUUUUUAACAUUCAUGUAACUAUCAUUCUCUACGUGUUUUCUGGCCCUUGGUGAUGAUAAUGACAGGGUCUUGAUUAGAGAAAUGGAAAAUGUAUAACUCCUCAUUUUGCUAAAUAAAAUGAUCUGAGUGCUCAUCAUGAACAGGCAGAGGACGUCAAUGAGAACUGCAUUAAUAGUGAGAAAAACAUGGAAACAGAAAAUUAGACAAGUUAAUGGCUGUCAUAUGGCAUUUUAUAUCAUGAGCAGUCAAAAUAAGGGAUUUAAUUAAAUUACAGAGAUAUUAGAAGGUAAGAAAUCUAGAUCAAAUUCUUGCUAGCUUUACCCCAGUCAAUGCCAUUAAAGUCAGUGAGGUUUCAAGGGAGUAAAUGAGCAGGUCAAAUGGAGCCUGGCUCAGUGCCACUGAAGCUAAUGGCAAUUGGAUCACAGGACUCUCAAGUUAACAAAUUAUCAUUGCUAAUAUCCGGAACCCGUUUUAGAACAUUUCAGUGUUAAACAUUUUAAAUAUCUGAUUUACUUUUCACAAUAUCUGCCAUUCCUUUUCCCUUGUACUUCUGUGGAACAAUACAGGUAAAUGGAUCAAUUUAAUUUGCAGUAGGAAUCUAUUUCAUCGUCUGAUUUUUAUGUCUGUUUCAAUGCUCUUGUGUUUAGGUUAUUAAAACUGAAAGGUGAUAGUAAAAUACAUUUUUAAAGUCCUUUUUAUAUUUGAAAAUAAAAAAUAAUGGGAGAAUUUCACUUGAGGUUUUAUAAUUAAACAUUUUAAAAACAAAACCUACUGGCUGGACUAAACUGCGGCAAAUCUGAGCCACUUAACAUGUCUAUAGAAAGGAAGGAAAAGCUCUUCCUAAGAUUCAGUGGCAAAGGAGUUUUGGUACAAUGUGCCCAUAUAGGUAGCAUCAUUUGAAAAUAUUGGCCUGAUUCUGCUUUCACUCAGUUUUGCAGCAGCUGGAAAUCUCUGUUGACUGCAGCGGGAUCAUUCCUCAUCCCAUCAGCAUAAAUGAGAUCAGAAUCAUGUCCCAUGUCCCUCGUUGUAUGAUUAAGGCACUGAGGAUUUAACCUGUAGCUUCUUAAAUGGCUGCAACACGUUGUCAUUGGCACACUUCAGAAGAUAAUAUCGUAACCAAGCUGCACUGAA